GCGUUCAGCUGUACUUAUCUAGUUCUAUCUUCUUUAUACUGCACUCUUCUGGGAAUUCUAAAAAAAAGCAAACAAUCGUGUUAAGAAAUCAAAUAAACAAUUAAAACGUCGAUUAUGUGGGAAGGAUUUACUGCGUCUUUGCAUGUGAGAGACGUACAUAUAGCAGAGGUUUAAGCAAAAAGCCUUUGAAAGCAACUUAGCAUAAUUUCAGCCAAAAAACAUACUCUAAUUUGUAGAAUUUACAAAAACGACUCAAAAGUGUUUGGUAUAUUAUCACAUGAAGCACGUGAACAUGGAAAUAUAUCUAUUGAUGGCUAAAAUUGGUAAAAGUGUACAAAUCCCACUUUCAUGGAUUCCACAAAGUCACGGAAAAUAUCCAGAAAAUGCCAUUUCUGUUGGUGAUGGUGUUUUUGUUGUUCGGUCUAGGUUUUUGAAUGAAAUGCUUCCUGGAAAACUUGUACCUAAAGAAGGAAAAUGUUACUGUUCUCAUGGAGGUGAAGAAAUAGAGUUAACAGAAUAUGAAGUUCUAUGUGAUACUUCAUUGCAUGAACUUGGAAAAGGAUAUGAAUGGGUAAAGUCUUCUGGUGGGGAAUAUCCAAAACGUGCAAUUAUUGCUGGGAUCGGUUCUGAUGGAAAACCACUCUAUAUUGCAAAAGGAUACGUUGAAAAUAAUGUAUGCGUUGGGAAGUUGCAUGAAGGUCAUGUAUGUGCCUAUAUGCCAUGGGGUCGACGGGAGAAUCCAAUUUCAGACUAUGAAGUACUUGUAUGGAAAAAGAUAAAAAAUUAAAUAAUGUCACAUUCUCAUUAAAUAAAAUAACA